GGGCGCGGUAACAGGUGGCUCCGCGUCGCGGCAGGUGAAUCGGGCCAGCUCGGACUGGCUUUUUUUGUGCGCCUCGACCGACCACGGGUUCCCCCCGCUCGCGUUCUCCCACAGUAAUCCCAGUUCUCCCAUUGUUUUCGCGCCGCUUAUCUCGGUCUCGCGCUCCCCCGUCCGCCGCUAGACCCACCCGCGAGAGGAUCCGUACACCAGGUCGACCGGCGGAGCACCGUGUUCGCCGUCCCGACGACGCUGUCCACGUCGCGGCGAGGAAUGACGUGUGCGCGGACGCGACGUUGCGGCCGAACGGCGACCUGAGGUGAAUCAACGACGUCGUCCCCCGUCGGCGCCCCGAGGAGACGGGGAGGGUUUCCGCGAGGGUCACCCGUCGUAUCCGCGCGUUGACGACGCGCCGUUCCCCCGACGGACGGACGUAUGAAAGGUCGGAGCUGCGGUAAGAUCAAGAGCGAGACAAUGCCGCCGUCCUCGCACACCAACUGGACGAGGCCGUUGCUCAAGGGCGGACAGACGACGCAGAUGAUGCAGGCUGCCAGGCAGCAGCAGCAGCAGCAGCUGGCGACGGUGACGACGGCGACCACGGCGACGACGACGUCCUCGAUGACCAUCGGAGCCGCCGCCGGAGCGCAGAAUCAAAAUCUGGCGGAGCAUCCCGCGACGCCGCUUGACAGGAGGAUCAAGGUGGUCCUGGUGGGCGACGGCGCGGUCGGCAAGACCAGCCUGGUCGUCUCGUACUCCACCAACGGCUUCCCCGGGGAGUACGUGCCAACCGCGUUCGACAAUUACAAUGUGGUCGUAAAUGUCGAUGGACAACCGCUGAACGUCCAGCUGUGCGAUACAGCGGGCCAGGACGACUUUGACCCCCUGAGAUCGUUGUGCUAUCCCGAGACAGAUGUGUUCCUAGUUUGCUUCAGCGUUGUAUGCCCCUCAUCUUAUCACAGUGUGGCUUCCAGAUGGAUCAAUGAAGUGCGAAAAUACUGUCCCAAUGCCCCAAUCAUUUUGGUACGAUAUCCAGAGUUCUGA